CAAAUUUAGAUUUACAUUCAUCUAAACGAUGUUGAUGGAUGAUCAAAUCAAUUUCCAGGUAGUCGUUGACACUUGUCCACGAUGCCAAGUCCUGACGAAAAUUCCUUCAAAUUGGGCAGUUUGUGACGGAAAGCUCCAUGAAUGUAGAAACUGUGGGCAAGUGCGAAGACGAGAUUGUUCUAAAUCAGAUAAGUUGGAGAUGAAUCUAAUUUUAGAACCCUGUAGGAAUUGCGGAACGACUUCAAAAGACGAUCUGCUAGCCGAAAAUAACAAUUUGAUCUGCAAAGUUUGUAAAAAGAGAAGAGAGAGUGUAAGAGGUUUUAUAAAUGAUUAUUCACCAAGUCUCAGAUGUUCAAAUGACGUUUGUCAAGGUUCUAAGAGAAAUACUUGCACAAUCUCUUUUGAGGAUGGAAUGGCCAGCGGAAUUAAAUGCUCAUGUGGCAGAGGGGCCUCUCUGCCAAAUCAGCUUCCUAACGAUUUAGAACCAACGUGUGGCGGAUGUGGAAGACCAUCUAAAUAUAACGUGAUUUUGACAUUAAAUCAAAACGAUGCUACUAUCGAGAGGAUUAAUUGCAUUUUUUGCAAAGUCGUUCAACCUCUCUCCGAUCAUGAACUUUUCUUGCCUAAAGCAAAUUUUUCUCUAAAGAGAAUCUCAAAAUUAUCAACAGUGAAAAUUGGAGAUUUGAUAUGUUUUUAUAAGGGGAAAGGUUAUUUAAGAUACGCAGUCGUUACCGCAACUAAUGACAAAACCUUAAGAGUAGUCGAAAAUAGGCCGAAAGAUGGCGUUGUUAAGCACGAUGUUCGCAUCGACCUGAAGCGACAUCUUUUGUUCAAAGAAAUUGAUUGUAUUGUAAGGAAUGUAGUUGAAAAAGCUGAAAAACGUGUCGGACAACCGCAUAAUGAAUUAUUUUACAAUGCCCUAGAUUUUAUAGAUGGCCUAAUCUCAUCUACGAAAGAAAAAAACAGAAAUAAAAAUGAUGACCUAAGUGAUUUUUUACGUGAAAAAUUGAAAAGAAUUCAAAUGUACGUAAAUGACAAUAAUGAAAAAGUCCAAUCUCUUCCGAUCAUGGAAGAAAAGAAGGAAACCUUAUUAGCGGCCAAUCUUCUUUUAGAAGGGGGAAGCUGUUUUUGGAAGAUAAUCAAUGCCAAAGAGAACAAUGACAGACGAUGGAUGCAAGAGGUAAUCGUACAGGCAGCUGAACAAGGUAUUUCAAUAAUAGGUAAAGCUAUAUUCGGAGUAACGGGAAGUAACGUUGGCUAUUGUAUUGGAAAACUAAUUGGCCCCUUAAUAGCAUCGGCCAUAAUUAGGGAUGAACAACCAAUUUUACAAAGAAGAAAAUCGACCCCCGUUUAA